AUGUUUAAGCCUACGGAGCCAAUGCUCAUGCGCUUGCGCUUGACCACCAAGCAGGUCAAUGGUGGCUACUACAAGGGAAACCGGACCGGCUCCAUGGGUUCCUUCGACAAGAAGGGCCAGUACAGGUCCCAGGUGGAAAAGCACCGCAAUUAUAUCCCUGCGGCCAAGCUUGAUUUGCCUGGACUCCCCGAGGGUGCAAGCACCAAGGAACCUUUCCUGCUCACUCCCUUCGUCACAAAACACAUGCGACCCACGCCUUCAAAUUACGUGCAAGACCUUGAAAGAAAUGGCAAGACAGUCACCGUGAUCCGAGGAUUCGAAGGCACCGAUUACCUGAACAUGUGGGCCGACACCCGUGAGGCCUUCUACCUCCAACGAUUCCCGCAGAAGUCGAAGAAGUCCAAGAAGUCCAAGAAGUCGACCGAAGAAACCUCUGAUCAAUGA